AGAACAGCAACAGUGGCGCUGAAACUUGCUCCACAGACACUCAACAGUAGACCUCAGUCUCAUCUCCUUGUCCGUGCAAAUCCAAGCAUGAGAUACCAACUCUUUCUUCUGGCUUCGGGCGUUUUGGGAAUUUUGACAGGAGUCAAUGGGAGGGCUCCAGUCCCCAGGAAUCAAACUUUGGGUGGUCUUAUCCAACCGCGUGAUGUCAGAUUCACCAGUGAGACCGAAGCUUCUUGUGGAACUAUCAACCGUGCUUCUCGUAUUGUGGGAGGAGUGGAGACGGAGGUGAACGAAUACCCUUGGCAAGUGGGCGUCGUUUACACGGGAUCCUGGACGGUCUUCUGCGGAGGGUCGAUUCAUAGCGAGGGAUACGUCAUCACAGCUGCACACUGUGUGGAUGGGACUCAAAGCUCUAACCCACCAAUUGAGGUUCUUCUUGGCGCACACGACGUGAGCGCAGGCCUACCUUUGCCGCAACGAAUCCGUGUGAAAUCCAUCGUCAUCCACCCCAAGUAUGAGAGAUCUAAUAUGGACAAUGAUAUCGCCAUUUUAAGACUGGCAUCGCCAGCAAUACUGAACGACCAGGUGAAUCCAAUUUGUCUCCCAGACGCAAAUAAAGACUUUAGCAACGUCAAAGCCAUAGUCACUGGAUGGGGAAAUACUAAAGAAGGUGGAGGGUACGUAAGCCAACUUCAGGAAGUGCAGGUGCCUACGAUGUCCAACGAUCGGUGCAAAAUGGCCUACAGCCCUGAAGCCAUCACAGAAAACAUGAUCUGCGCUGGAUACGCAGCCGGAGGAAAAGACUCCUGCCAGGGUGACUCCGGAGGACCUUUAGCCACGGAAGACGGAGGAUCUUGGGUGCUGAUCGGUGUCGUGUCAUGGGGCUCUGGAUGCGCUCGACCCAAACAACCAGGAGUCUACGCGAGAGUGACAAAGUACGUCGACUGGAUCAAAGCUGAGACAGCGGCAGAUGUAAGUUCGGGAGGCGGAAGUGGCGAGAAACCUGGUCACAAUCUUUCAUCAAGUUUCAACACCGCCUAUGCCGAGUACAAUUCUGAUUCCUCCUAUGCUUGGAAUUCAGGGUCAGAGAGCUAUUCUCCAUCAGUCUACUAA